AUGAUGAUGCGCGCUUCUCCGAGGACGACGACGACGACGACACCACUCCAACCGCGGAGCUUUUACAUAAAAAGCAGCAGAAGGACAAGAAACGACAAAAACGAGAGAGGUCGUUUACGUUGCAAAACAAAAGCUAUCACUUCUGCUACGAAUAAUAGUAAUACUAAUAAAUUAAAGAUAUUCAAAGGCGGGAAAGAUGAAAUCAAACUCGGCGCGCGAGAGAAUCUCUUAUACAUGAUUGAAACGAAAAACGACGUCGGCGUGGAAUCCGCGUUGGAGGAGCUGAAAACGUUAUACGACGGCGAAAUUGAACGACCGGCAAAAUCCAGACUUUUGGAAGGGAAGUGGAAACUUUUGUGGUCGAAACAAACGAGCGGGAAGGUGAAUCCGUUUCAGAAGUUAUUCGCCGGGUUGGCGAAGGAUACGAACUUUCAAAUCGUGGAAGAGAACGGCGCGCGAGUGGUGAACGACGUCGAGGUGGCGAAGUUCUUGCGCGUGAAAGCGAUAGCGCGGUCCAGCGCGGCGUCGGACGUGCGAACGAACGUGACGAUUGAUACGGUGGAUAUUAACUUGUUUGGAAAGAAAGUGAAAACGAUUACGCUCGAACCGUCUCCGGGCAAAGGGAUAGGGUACGUCGAGCAGUUAUAUUUGGACGACAAAGUUCGCGUUUCUGUCGGCAAUAAAGGAUCGAUUUUCGUUCACGAAAGGGUUGGAACGUACGACAACGGGAGCGAUUCAGACGACGACGAAAAUGACGAAAAUGAUUCCUCGAACAACAAAAAGGAAGAGCGCUCGUUGGCGCUCGUGUAA